AUGGACUUCCUCAAUACAGGCAGUAGACCCACUUUCCGAAACGCCGUCAGGGAGGAGAUCAUAGACAUCACCCUGGCCUUCAGAAACGUAUGGUCCGAGGUUAUGGACUGGAGAGUGUCAAAGGAAGUCUCCAUGUCGGACCACCAACACAUCGUGUUCAGACUUAAAAGGAACCCUAGGAAAAUAAACUGGGUAGGAUACAGAGAGGAACUUAAGGCUAAGAUCAGUAGCUUCCGUGUCACAUACGAGACGACGGAGGACAUCGAUCACUGCAGCAGAAUUCUAAGGGACAUAAUAAUAAGUUUUUACGAGAACAAUUGUGAACUCAGGCUAAAGAGGCCAUCGAAGAGUGCUCCCUGGUGGAAUAAGUCACUAGAGAAACGCAUGAAGAAAGUAAGGCGGCUAUACAACAACUAUAAGAAGGAGAUCGAAAAGGCCGGGGUGGAGGGUUGGAAGAGAUACUGCAAAAGCCGAAGCACGGUAUCAGACACGGCCAGGCUGUACAUUGUCCUGCAACACCCAAAGAAGCCACUUACAGACUCGAUUAGAUUGGUAACGGGGGACUGGGCAAAGAAUGGACAGGAGGCCCUAAAGAGCCUGAUAAAAACCCACUUUCCAGACUUCAAGGAAGGGGCGAGAUCAGAAGCCGUUAAGCUGAUGGCCCGCAGAGAGGACUGGAGACUGAUGAAACGGAUAACAGACAAGGCAAGGAUAAGGUAG